AUGGCAAUAAAGACAGACAUGAGUAAAGCCUACGAUCGGCUAGAAUGGGUUUUCAUCAGUGCGGUUAUGAGUAAGAUGGGAUUUUCAAAGAUCCAAGGUAAGAAAACAGGGAUGUGCGUUGUGCGUGCUAGCCCCCCGGUAUCACACCUUCUCUUCACUGAUGAUAACCUGUUUUUCUGUACGGUGGAGCCCCGUGAAUGCGAUGAAGUCAUGAAAGUUUUUAAGACUUAUGAGGAAGCUUCUGGACAGUGUAUUAAUUUCGAAAAAUCAUCUCUGCUCUUUGGUAAAAAGAUACCUGGUAGUGUGAAAGAGACUAUCAAAAGCUCAACGGAAAUCACAAAUGAGGAAGGAAUGGGAACUUAUCUUGGUAUUCCAGAGGAUAUUAGUGGCUCAAAAAGGAAGUUGUUUGCUUUCUUGAAGGAUCGUUUGCAGAAUCGUGCUAACGGCUAG